AUGAAGAAAGAAAGAACAGGAGACACUUGCAGACCAUUCAAAUUAGCUCAUCAAAUUGUAAGUUUAACUGGAAUCAGUUUUGAAAGAAAAAGUAUAAUUGGAUUUGUUGAACUGACUGUUGUUCCUUUAAGAGACAAUUUUAGGAUACUAAAACUUAACGCCAAACAAUGCCGAAUUUACAGGGUUAUUUUAAAUGAUCAUUAUGAAGCACAUUUUCAGUAUUUUGACCCGUUUUUAGAUGUUUGCCAGUCUGAUACAGAAACGAGAAGUUUAGAAGCUUUUUCCCAACACCAUCUUGCAGCAGCACUUAGAACUGAUCCAGACAAUAAUUCUGGAGAACUGGUAGUUACGAUUCCACCAGAAGCUUCUCAUUUAGUAGCAGAAGGUACUGCUUUAAGAGUAGGAAUAGAAUUUUCACUGGAAUGUCCACAGGGUGGAAUACAUUUUGUAGUUCCACAAAAAGAAGGAACUUACACAGAGAGAGGUGUUCACUUAUUUACGUAUGGACAUCAAAAUGCUUCAAGAUUAUGGUUCCCUUGUGUAGAUAGUUUUGCAGAAACAUGUACUUGGAAAUUAGAAUUCACUGUGGAUGAGGACUUAACAGCUAUUUCAAAUGGUGAUUUGAUAGAAGUUGUUUUUACUCCAGAUAUGAGACGAAAAACUUAUCAUUACACUUUAAAUAUACCUACUUGUGCUCCAAAUAUUUCUUUAGCUGUAGGACCUUUUGAAAUUUAUGUUGAUCCAUACAUGCAUGAGGUUACACAUUUUUGUUUGCCAGGUUUGUUGCCUUUAUUAAAGGUAACUACAAGGUAUAUGCAUGAGGCUUUUGAAUUUUAUGAAGAAACUUUGUCUAAUCGAUAUCCUUAUUCAUGUUAUAAACAAGUAUUUGUAGAUGAAACUCAUGAAGAUUACAGGGCUUAUGCGACAAUGAGUAUAUUAAGUGUUAAUUUAUUACACUCAGCAGUUAUUAUUGAUCAAGUCUACAUUACUCGCAGAGUCAUGGCUCAAGCUAUAGCAGAACAAUUUUUUGGGUGUUUUAUAUCUAUGCAAAACUGGUCUGACAUGUGGUUAAAUAAAGGAAUCAGUCAAUAUUUGUGUGGUCUAUAUUGCAAAAAAUCUUUUGGUAACAAUGAAUAUAGAGAAUUGGUACAAAGUACCCUUUUUGAUGUAGUGAGGUAUGAAGAGGAAUUCGGUGGUAUAGUAUUAGAUCCGAGUCAACCUCCAGCACCCCCUCCUGUUGGUUCUAAUCCCCCACAAACUACUCAAAAAACUAAUGAAGAGAAAUUCUAUUUUUCAAUAAGGAACUUACAUACAAUGUCCCCGAUGUAUAUAGAGGCUUCAUAUAAAAAAGCAUUUUUAGUAAUGAGGAUGUUAGAACACAGAAUAGGAUUGGAAUUGCUUUUACAGGUUUUUAACAAACAACUGUCACUAGCUACUAAUGCAGCUCAACAAAAAAUAGGCAGUGGAUUAUGGGGACAUAUGCUUAUCAGUACAAACGUUUUCACGAAAGCAAUUUUUACUGUAACUGGUAAAGACAUGGCUGUAUUUAUAGACCAGUGGGUAAGGACCGGUGGCCAUGCUAAAUUCCAUCUUACCUCAGUGUUCAACAGAAAAAGGAAUACUAUAGAACUAGAAAUUAGACAAGAUGCAACAACAUCUCUAGGAAUAAGAAAAUACGUUGGACCGCUUUUAGUUACUCUCCAAGAAUUGGAUGGUACUUUUAAACAUAAUUUACAAAUCGAAAACAUUGUAGUUAAAGCAGACAUAACUUGUCACUCAAAAAGUAGAAGAAAUAAAAAGAAAAAAAUUCCUCUGUGUACCGGCGAAGAAGUAGAUAUGGACCUCAGUGCAAUGGACGACUCCCCAGUUCUUUGGAUCAGACUGGAUCCUGAAAUGACUUUACUGAGAUCAGUUGUAAUAGAACAACCCGAUUAUCAAUGGCAGUAUCAACUGAGACAUGAAAGAGAUGUUACAGCUCAAAUAGAAGCGAUUAUAGCUCUCGAAAGGUAUCCCACGCCACCAACUCGUCUAGCUCUAACCGAUACUAUUGAAAAUGAACAAUGUUAUUAUAAAGUUCGAUGUAAAGCUUCACAUUGUUUAACUAAGGUGGCGAACGCGAUGGUAGCCAACUGGGCAGGCCCUCCAGCAAUGUUGGCAAUAUUUCGCAAAUUUUUCGGUUCGUUUGCCGCUCCGCAUAUAAUCCGGCAGAACAAUUUCCAAAAUUUUCAACACUAUUACCUUCAAAAAACCAUUCCCUUAGCAAUGGCUGGCCUUAGAAACAACCAUGGCAUAUGCCCUCCAGAAGUAGUUCGAUUUCUUCUAGAUUUGUUCAAAUACAAUGAUAAUUCCAAGAACAGGCAUUCAGAUAAUUAUUAUAGAGCAGCCUUGAUAGAAGCUUUAGGAAACACCGUCACACCUGUAGUAUCUGUAAUGGCACAAGGAACGCCCAUUACAUCUGAAAACCUCAGUGCCGAUACAAAAUCAAUUUUGGAAGAGAUAACUAGGUUAUUAAAUUUGGAAAAAGCUUUACCUUGUUAUAAAUAUACAGUUUCAGUGGCAUGCCUAAAAGCUAUAAGAAAGUUGCAAAAAUAUGGACAUUUACCUAGCAGGCCGACGUUGUUUAAGAGUUACUGCACCUACGGACAUUUUAUCGAUGUUAGAUUGGCAGCUUUGGAAUGUCUAGUGGAUUUUGUUAAAGCUGAUGGAAAGUAUGAGGAUCUUCAAUACGUUUUGGAAAUACUGGAAAAUGAUCCAGAUCCUGGAAUGAAACACAAGCUAGCUGCGUUGUUGAUUAAAAAUCCUCCAUUCAAAAGAGCGCAUAGAAGUAGAUUGGAUGUACCGGAUCUUAUAGAGAGAAUAUGGACCAAUAUCAACUGCAUGUUAUCACAUGAUACAAGACUUCGGUGCGACUUGGUCGAUAUUUACUACAUCCUAUAUGGUAUGAAACGACCAGUCUGUCUUCCCAUAAACAUGAACGACAUUUUAAACCCCAACAGCAAACAUGAAACAAAAAAGAUAAAACUGCCUACUAUUCCAAAAAUAGCACCUCCACCCAGCGAGCAGCAAAUUAAAUUGAGAAGUCCAUCGCCCACGUUAAAAGAAGAAGCCCCUCAGACGAUAAUAAUGGAGACGGUAGAUAUGGACAUUGAAGUUGUAGCUAAUGAAGAAAA